CGUUUGAGUAAUGUUUUAUAAGUAAAGUGCGUCCAUUAAUUUAUCUAACUUAUAAACGCUAUCUUUAUCAUUAUCAACUUGUAUAUAUAUGGAAUUUAAAGUAUAAGUGCGUUUUCUUACUUAUAAACAUGAAGCCUAUAGCUCUUUUUGUGAUAUUACUUAUAAGCAAUGUGUUCAGUGAAGAAUGUAGUCAGUUAAACACCAAAUAUGGCCAUGUUUGUGUAUGCAACUCAACCUACUGUGAUACAGUUCCCGAAUUAAAUGUAUCAGCCGGAAAGUACCAAAUUUAUACAACUAGUAUAGGACACUUAGGUUUUACAUCAACAAUUGGUGAACUACAAAAAUCAACCAAUGAGGUAUCAGAACACAAAAUUAAUCUGGUAAAGGUAUCUACAAAACAAAAAGUUCUUGGUUUUGGUGGUGCUUUCACUGGAUCCACUGGAGUUAACAUAAAAUCUUUACCAGAAGCUGCCCAAGAAAAGUUAUUAAAGAGUUAUUUUGGCGAAACUGGUAUCCAGUAUAAUCUAUGCAGAGUACCAAUUGGAGGUACAGAUUUUUCCACAAAGUUUUAUACUUAUGACGAUAACCAGAAGGGUGAUGUUAAAUUGGAACACUUUGCACUUGACGAGGAAGAUACAAUCUUUAAAAUACCAUUUAUUAAAAAAGCUAUGAACUUAACAAAUAACUCUCUAAAAUUAUUUGCCACCGCCUGGACUGCCCCACCAUGGAUGAAGACCAAUAACGAUUACACCGGAGUUGGCUUAUUAAAGUUUAAAUAUUACCAGACAUGGGCCGAUUACUACAUUAAAUUUUUUGAGGAAUACAGCAAAAACGGAGUUAAUUUUUGGGGGGUUACCACUCAAAAUGAACCCACCGAUGGGUUCUUACCAAAAUUUUUAUCGAAGAUUAAUUCUAUGGGAUUUACACCAAAACUAAUGAAUAAAUGGAUUGCAAAACAUCUUGGACCAACAAUAAGAAACUCUACAUUUAAAGAUUUGAAAAUCAUUGUGCAUGAUGAUAGCAGGCAAACUUUACCUCUUUUGCCUUUGACCAUAGAAAAUGAAGAUGUUAUUCAAUUUAUUGAUGGAGUAGGUGUUCAUUGGUACUUGGAUGAUUUAUUACCGACCAGUUGGUUAAAAUACACGAAAUCCAGUAAAAAGGAAUUAUUUCUUCUUGGUACUGAAGCUUGUAAUGGAUAUCGCCAUAUUAAUUCAAAAUCUGUAGAGUUGGGAAGCUGGCAUAGGGCUGAAAAUUAUAUUAAAAAUAUUUUAACAGAUUUUGAGUACGGUUCCAUUGGUUGGGUGGAUUGGAAUAUGGUUUUGGACCAAGAAGGGGGACCCUGCGUCAUAAAUAAUAAAGUAGAUUCUCCAAUAAUAACGAACAAUACUACAGGAGAAUUUUAUAAACAACCCAUGUUCUAUGCCAUGGGUCAUUUUUCAAAAUUCAUUAUCCCUAAAUCUGUAGUUAUGGAUGUUCAAAAUGAAUAUUCAUCCAAAGUAAAAAGUCUUACAGUGUUAAGACCUGAUAACAUAACUGCAGCUGUAAUUUUUAAUGAACACUUGCUUCACACUAAGAUAGAAAUAUUAACAAAAGAAGGCCUUCUUAUUAAUACAAUAGUGCCUGGAAGAUCUAUCAACACUAUUUUAUUUUAAAAAUAAGAAAUAUUUAUAUUAUUAUUUUAAUUUAUUCAAAA